UAAACUCUUGAAUUCGAAUGUAGGUGAAAACCGUGAGACGUAACGUUUAGCCACGUCAUGCGAUGCGUGAGGAGCAUCGCAUGCAUGGCUCUAGCUUUGCAUUCUCUCCGAACAUUCUUCUGGAAAGAUUUCAGAAGCGGACAAAUUCGCAAUGUUCAGGGGGACUCGUGUCCGUCGCGAUUCGCAUGUGCUUCUGGAAAACUGCGUGCGAGCUUGCCUUCUCCUUCAAGCAGUCGCUGAAACUAUUUUGCGCCAUAAUAGACUGACACAUAAUUGGAAAUCGGGACGAUUGGCACUUGCAAGCUGAUGUCGAUCACUGAUCGACAUCAGUCUUCUGACACUAACUCCUGAUCGACGAUCAGGAGUUAGUGUCAGAAGACUUAUAGGUCAGAAAGACUUGAAACGACUCCUAAGUCCCGUCUUUCGAGAAUUUGGAAGUCAAAUUAUGAAGGGGUACUGUUUCGCUCGAACUGCAUGCAGAGACCUUUCGGUGCUGUCAUAUCGCGAAGUCCACCAGGGAAAGAGCUCGAGGCCCUCUUACCUGCUCCAUCCGGAGAUCCAAACUUAGAAUUGGCUCACAGGUUCCACUGGAUCGUCUGAAGUCUCCACCUUUCGGGUGGAUGGGAAUACCGGCCGGCCUUUUAAUCUAUUUGCUAACUCUUGCACUCAUGGUGGAAUGGUAUACUUUUUCACGCCAGGUCUACGACAAGGAACUUCCGUCAGAGAGCUGAAUGGCGUAAAUAUCUGCUUGGAAUUCUUGACACCGAUGCAGGAAGAUAUGUUCCUAAUUUUAGUGACCGUAAGUGGCAGCGGAUAGGAAAGAGGAAUCUUGAUUGAACAGUCGCAUAUUAUUGGAGGUUUGAUUAGCAAUAUGUUCAACGACAAGAUCAGACAUCUUCAUACCCGAACUACGGUGAUGCAAAUUCAAACGCGGUGUAUGUAAAGAUGGAUAGAAAAUGCAAUUCUGUCGUUUGAUUUUGGGUGCUCCGGGCUUAAGCGCUUCGCUACUGGCUGAGAAGUAGCGAUCAAUUUGCUGGCCUGAAAUAGUUGAAGAGUAUUAGUAACGGCAAUGAUGAGGAUCCACGUUAAACUUGAUUUCUAGCGAUAAGAGUUGGUGCAUGUCAGUCUCAUAAUGCGAUCUGUACGAGACUGCCAUGCACCAAAUAUUAUCGGUGUGUAGAGAGAGAUAUAAAAGGAAAAAACAAGGUAACUCAUUUGCAAUCUCCUAGCUGCUGAAAUCUAAUAAACUCAGAAAAUCACUUGGAAAGAAAGGGUGAUCACGAAUCUACGAGCUUCACGAGACGUGCAAAAACAACUUGAACUCAAAAAGUGGCACGAGCAAUACAGUAGGUGUCGGGGAAGGAAUUAUACUAGUCUAUAUUAGAGAAGAAGAAGUCUACCAAGUCUUCCUCUUCUCCAACCAGGGUCAAAAUUUAUCUUCAAAAUAAUGUGAAGGCUAGUAUUUGGUCCCGAGUUAAAUAUCAGAUCAAUAUAAGAGUGUCAGUGCAGGUCUUGUUAAAGAAGAACGAAAGGAGAUUGAAUACUUUUACACUACAGACUAGAAACGGAAUGGAUAGUUUGAUCAAAAGAGAUUGUGCUGUCUUUAGAAUUCCUAGAAAUUUAAAAUGUUUUCCACAGUUCUUCACUUCUAAGAAAAAGUAGAGGUUGAAACCCACAUACUUUGGAAUCCGGAUUUGAAUUCUAUACAUAGAAAGCUUCCCGGUCACUCCUGAAACAAAAAGCUGGAUAAUGGAUCUCAAUUCUCAUUCUCAAUUCUAAAUCAGAUAUCAACAAUUAGGACAUAAAUUCUACUUGUAGCCCUAGUAAAAGACGCACGUCAACAAGUCUUCUACUGUGAUAACGUGCUUGAUCUAGAAACUCAGGCCAAUGAGUGUAGCAAACUAAGCUUGUUCCUGCAACCCAAAUUACUGUGCCUUAUAUGCCAUUGAAACGAGAAAUUGAUCAGAGAACAGUCCUCAUCAUAAACCUCCUCCAGAAUGAGUAUCUUGUUGAUGUCUGGUUUCACGUUUCAGAGGUGUUAUUCAGACUGAGGAAGUCUCAGAGAAAGAAUGAAGAUAUGUCGGCUGGUCCGAACGCGGCUUCUAAACAGUCACGUGCCUCCUUGGAGAUACACGCUCCUUUUGCAUAUUCCUGUGUGACGUGUUCGCAGCAAGCGAGUAUGCCAGCCAGAUCAUUUGUGAGCGCUUUCACAGCUCUUCACCUCAGAACCUGUCACAAGUUGUUUCGAUACAAAAUUAUUAUCACCGAUAACGAGCCCCCAUAAAUGGAGCACCUCGAAAUCCAGUGUUGGGUUCCUUCCUGUUUAGCUCGACCAAGAUCCAAUAUUAAACAAGCCGGAAAAGAACUCUGGGAACAGAGAGUGUUGCCCGUUUUUUUACAAAUUCUGACGUGCGACAUGCGUUUUUUGUUUGACAGGGUGCAGAUGUUUCAGAUCUUUCCUUUGCUUUUGAAAUAAAUUACAUUAAAUCAGUUAUCAGCUUUAUAGGGCUUGUUCUCGUUUGGAUAUAUUAUAAAUACAUUGGGGAGCCCUCGGGAUAUUCUCAAGGAGUCACCACCCGUAAGGUGCUGACCCUUCGGUUAUAAGGUUGGCUGCACUUCUGUUCACACAGCCGAGGCCAGAAGACAAGGACGAUAUUAUCAGACAUUGAUUGUCUCGAACUUACUAGAUCUUUCCACUUCUCUUCCGUCAAGUUCUGAACCUAAUUCAAGACUCGACUGAACAGGCAACGCAUGACCAGAAGCAGGCAUUACCUCACCGGUCAAACGAAUUUAUUGUAUUGUGUUAGAAAUUUGAGGUACAUUUGUCGUCUUCGGAAUGGUUCACGUGUCGAUAAUCAGUUUACUUGACAAAACCGAUUAUGACGUGACGGAAUAGGUUUAUGCGCUAUAUCGGUAUCUAGUUCAGGUCUCUUUGUACUUGACAAUAUCAUUCCAACGUAAUCAUCUGCGCAGAAGUCAU